AUGGUGAGCUUGAUCAUCCUAAUUCCCUUCGCAGCUGACGAGAACUGUGAUCUGGAUCAGAUGUCCAGCACAUUUCAAAGUGAUCUGGCAGACUCAUCGAAGAAGAGCCUCCCAGAAAAUGUCUCAGCAGAGGUCAAAGAGAUCAAGAUUGUCCAUAGCAGUGAUACCUACACCUGCUCUGAAGAAGAUGUGGUCAUCGUGUUUGGCCAUGGUGGCAAGGACAACGCGGAUCUCACCAACAAUCAAGGCCAGAGAGCUACAAGCAAGAAAACUCUGGAGAUGCUGGAAACCAUGAAGGCCCAGACUACUCGGCGGAUUCUCUUCAUGUGCUGCUACUCCGCUAUGGAAGGUCAUCUUGCUCACAAAUGGAAGGCAAAGUACCCUACUCAGAUGACGUUUGGAGGGCUGGCCGACAUUGCAUCUCUGUACAACGGCCCGACAAGAUCAGCUCGGGAGGAGCUUCGGCAGCUACUUCAGGGCUACCGGAUCUUCGCGACAACGCUGGAGGGGCGCUGCCUCUCCACGCAGCUCGCGGCAGAACUGACGGGAAGAGAUGCCUUCGUGUUUGGGAACGAAGCCCGUGGCGUCUCCGACAGCGUGAUCCACAUGGCAGACAGGCAACUUCAGAUUCCCAUGGCUCCCGGCGUGGACUCGCUGAACGUCGGUGUGGCGGUGGGCGUGGUACUUCACACGGCCUUAGCGGCCAAAGACGGAAAAGAAGCGGCGUUCAUGCCAGAGCGCCUGAAAUUUAAGGCGCCCUCUGAGUGGCCCUGUUGGCCUUUCGGAGCUUUGGAUAUCAUGGGGAUGGGAGGUCUCAUUGGCCAGCAUCGCAGGCCCGGUGCAAAGCCCAUUUCGGAAGGGUUGCUGCGGCUCAUAGUCUGUCAAGGGCAGCAAGGAGGCGAUGCCGAAGGCAGGGUGCCCUUGGCGAAGAAGGUUUGUGAAAAUUCGCAGGCAUCCACUUUGUGCCAGCCCGUGCUGGCGUUGGCGGAGUGGUUGGGCAGCCUCCCGGCUGAGAUGCCUCGAAGAAGGGUCGCUGCAAUCAUCUCGGCCGCCCUUUUCUCGCCGGCUUUCGUUUGCGCCCCCAAAGGCGUGGCUGCCGAGAGCGUGGCGCCUUUCAAGGCAUGGCAGAAGGAGCUGGUCGACCGCUUCGAGCUGCCGACUGCUGGAGUCGCUGGCGCUGUCGCCUUCCUGAUGCACUUUGGCAUGCAGGGCACUGCCCACCAGGACGCAUCAGCGAUGAUGCAGUACUAUCCGGCAUCAGGGACAUCUCCUGCGAUAGAGCAGAGAUUACAAGGAGAUCAUGCUAGACCGCCCUUGGACUUCAACGGAGUCCGGCAGCAACUUUCGACGGCGGACCUCUCUGCGCCAGGGCACGGCCAAAGUUAUCCUCAUUAUGCCGAGCAGCCAAGCGUUGAGAAGUACGCAGAGCAAGUUCCAACGCAGGACCUACCUGCGCAAAAGCAGUUGGCAUCUCCUCAGGCCCCAGCCUCCCUGCAGCCGACGCCCGCGAGACAAGCGGUGACCAAGCGCCAGCAUCUAAGCUACACCGAGGUGCACCGAGAGCUAACGGCUGAGACGACGAAGCUGCGAGCGUCAGCGGACUUGCUGGCGUCUCUGGAGGCGGAUCUCCAGAGUGCAAAGGUCCAAAGUGACCUCAAGCCCUGUCUAACACAACAUGGCACGAUCAAAUCAAAGGUAGCCGCUGGGCUCGCCGAGUUUAAGUUGAAGAAAUGGGACCAACGAACAAGUCUUGGCAGCUGCAACGGCUCGACUCAGCACAAGUUGCUGAAAGAAGUCACACUGGGCUUCUACAUGUUUAAAAUGGAAGAGCCUCACGGCGUCGCGAGAGCUUUGCUUUAUGUUCUGUGGCAUCUGGAAUGGAAGGGCUUUAUCAAGAUUGUACUCGCUUUCUGA